AUGGGUGUGAUGGCCGUCAGUCUAUUCAUCACGAUUCUCCUCCUUUUCCAUCAAAUUUCCCCGUCAAUUCAACAAAGCGAUCAUUUGGAUCAAUUCACAGCUCCGAUAGAUCGAGAUGAAAUUCUGUCUGGUGAUCGUCGUACUUUGAACAGUAAAGAUACCGUCCUUCAAAUAGCUUCAAAUAGUUUGAGAUCUUGUCAGAGAAAUUGGAAUCAAACGCAACAAGAACUCGUCGAGGCCCGAGGAAAAAUCAGCGGACUCGAGACGGAAAUCGCAACAGAGCGGAACGAAACGAAGGAGAAAGACGUCGAGAUGAGUCGAUUGACAGCAAAACUGGCUCAAAUCGAGGCGAAUUUAAUGGAGAAAAUCACCGAAACGAAAAGGAAGAACGACGAUCUCGAAGCACAAUUAAGAACUCAAAAAACGGAAGUGAGGAAAGGAAAAACCAAGAUUGGAGAGCUCGAAGGGAAAAACAACGCGUUGCAGAGCAAGAACUCUGACCUCGAAACCCAAAUAGAAUUUGAAAGAGAAAACAAAACGGCCGAAAUCAAGAAGUUGCGGGCAUAUUUAAAUCGAACGAUGACUUUGGUCUUGGAUCCGAAUGGAUGGUCGUAUUUGACAAAAACCGCUUCUUUGUACAAGGUUAUCGAUCAAGAAAUGACAUUUGAUGAAGCCGAGGCAUAUUGUGCGGGCCGACAGGGCCAUUUAGUCACGAUUCAAAGUGAGGAAGAGAACGAUUUUGUUCAGAAACUGGCGAAAACUGUUCACCCCUUUCAUGGGUUCUGGAUCGGACUGAAGAGCAAACCGAACGACGAAAAUGCUUUGGAAUGGACCGAUGGAAGUUCGGUGGAUUUCACGAAUUGGGAUCCGAAAGACCCGGAUUGGGACACCCACACUUAUCUUGAUAGCGACGAUGGAAAAUGGCGGGUCUAUAGUCCUGGCCGUCUGCUUCGUUUUAUCUGCAAAAUUCGCUCUCAAUUC